GGCGGCUCAUGAAUGGGGGGGGGUCUGAAGUGGGAGGGCCCGUCAUCUGACUUUACCAGGCAGGAAAAAGUGGGUGUUGUGCUGUAGUGUUUGGUUUUGUGCGAUGAACCUACAUGACUGUUUUUAAACACGUGAGCAGCGGGUUCACUGUGCUUACGGACCGCAGCGGAGCAAUUAGCCCAGAGCACAGCGAACAUCCAUCAGUUGAGACGCGCAGGCCAGCAGCAACCGUGCGGCAGGGGAAGCUAGCCCCGACCCUCCAAGACUCAGUGACGGCGGCAGCCCGCCAGGAGCCAGAGCCAUGGGUUUCCGCAAGAAGAACAAGAGCCCACCGGUGCUGAGCCACGAGUUUGUGAUCCAGAAUCACGCCGACAUGGUUUCGUGUUUGGCCAUGAUUAUCCUCCUCGGCCUGAUGUUCGAGGUCACAGCGAAGUUUGCCAUCAUGUUCAUCACAGUGCAGUACAACGUAACACAAGUACUCGCAGAUGAGAAGAGUGAGCCAGUGAACCUUUACCAGUAUGGCCCUAAAGAUGUGGCCACUGUGUUUUUCUACCUGCUUAUUGCGGUCAUCCUUCAUGCCUUGAUACAAGAAUAUAUUCUCGACAAAAUGAACAGAAGGUUGCACCUGUCAAAGACCAAACACAGCAAGUUCAAUGAGUCCGGACAGCUUGCAGCGUUCUACCUGUUCUCCUUCAUCUGGGGCUGCAGCAUCCUAACAGCGGAAGACUUUGCAACAAAUCCUACUUUCUUAUGGGAGGGUUACCCACACACUCACAUGGUUUUUCAGGUCAAGUUCUUCUACAUUUGCCAAAUUGCCUAUUGGCUCCAUGCACUUCCCGAGUUGUACUUUCAAAAAGUACGCAAGGAGGACAUCCCCCGCCAGCUCUAUUACAUUUGCCUUUACGUUGUCCACAUCACUGGUGCCUAUGUCUUAAACCUCCACCGACUGGGCCUGGUGUUGCUGGUCCCUCACUACCUGGUGGAGCUCCUGUUCCAUGCUUCACGUCUCUUCUACUUCAGUGAUGAGAACAAGCAGAAGGGUUUUACUCUGUGGGCACUGCUUUUUGUCAUUGCCCGCCUCCUCACCCUCACACUCUCAGUUCUGACAUUUGGCUUUGGGCUGCCCCGUACAGAAAACCAGGGCUUUUCCCUAGCAGAAGGCAACUUCAACGUGCUCACCAUAAGGAUGACCUGUUUGGCAGCUAUCUGCCUGACACAGGCUUGGAUGAUGUGGAAAUUCAUUAACUUUCAGUUGAAAAAGUGGAGGGAGCACAGCCAGAACCAGGCCUCAAAGAAGAAGACGGUCAGCCCAAAGAGCAAGCCUCACAAAAGAGAUCCUGCCAGGGGAGGUGCCACCAAUGGGGUUGUGAAGUCUGACGAUAAAACAUCACCACGGGCAAGAAAAGCCAAAGCCUCAUAGAGAUGGGAUAAGUGUGG